AUGCUGCCAGAAGUAUCAGAUUCGUUAGAUCUUCGAGACGAUACGUUACUGAGAAACUUGGAUCUUAAGUGUGUGCGGUCGCUGAAUGGUGUCAGAGUGACGGACAAGAUUCUGCGAACCGUGCCUAAUAUCAGCAACUUUAGGCUCACAUUACGCGCCAUCAUAUUCUGGGCUAAAAGUCGCGGUAUUUACUCCAGGACGUUUGGUUACUUGGACGAUGUAUCGUUGACCAUUCUGGUGGCCUACACGUGCCAACUGUACCCCAAUGUCCUGCCGGCCAUAUUAGUUCACAAGUUUUUUCAUACGUUCAAUAAAUGGAAGUGGCCACAACCAGUUCGGCUGAAGAGCUUUAAAUCUGCAGACCUUGGUUUCCCUGGUACCUAUAAAAACAAAAAGUACAAAAAGAAACACAAACAUUGCAAAAUGAAGCGAUCGGGCAAGGCCGCGUCCACGCCCAAGCCCGCGCCCACGUCUGCCUACUGGAUCACCACCACCAUGGUUUCCCGCUCGACCACCACCACCACGGUUUCCCGCUCGACCACCACCACAACCGUUAUUUUUUGCAGCUUCCAUUUCUAA